AAAUAAGGCUGCACCUCGUGUACGUUUUAGUGCACACUUCCUCCUCAACAAACAUGGCGCCGCCCAAAGUACGCGGAAAUUACGUAAUGUCAUCGCAAAACAUGUCGGACGAAAGGUUAAGGUGGGAGUUAACGGCUCUCGGAUUCACUCCUGGACCGAUUACCGAUAGUACUCGAGAAGUCCUUAAAAAGAAAUUACAAAAGCUACGUAUAGAGUCUACAAAAAAACGGGCAAAUAACGGGAAUCACUCAGGGAGCUUGAAAGAAACAAACGGUCAAUACUCUAGAAGAAGUUGGGCCGCGCGUUCCGGGGAUUGCGAUGAAGGAGAUUGUGAAGAGGAUGAAGACGACAUACAGACUGAGGGGAAGCACUGGAGUUCAAAUCGGAUUGGCUUUCUUUCUAGAAGUCAUGGUUUAAGUGGGAGGUCUGUAGACGGCGAUUCUUGGGGUGUGCCGAGUUUCUUAAGAGAGGAACAUGGAGUGGAUAGGAGGGAAGCGCUAGGAGUCAGCGCGGGGACGCAGGUAUCUCACAGGAGAAGUUUGGGUGCUAACAGGGAUGAGAGUGCCCUGCGGCCAUCAUCGUCAUAUGCAAGAAACAGUCUGGGGGGGUUGGCUUCUCGCUAUGCCAAGAGGACUCUAGAAGAGAAAAGCAGGUCAAGUUUUCCGGAUGAAUACACACAAAACACAAGGUUUCCCUUCGCUAGGGAUGAGUUGACAAGCCACUACCAGUAUGACGAUGAUGACACUCCAAAGAUUUGGCUUCCGGCUGAGAGUGGGUUAGGACACAGAUGUGGAAGCAGUGACUCCUGGGAUCAUUGUAAACAAAGUUGGGCUCGGACUCUUGAGUACUAUCUAUCGCGGGUGUUGUGGGGUUUGUCCGUGCUUCUGGGAAUAAUCUUCAUCGGGAUCCUCGUAGCAAAGAGUGGUGUACUGACUUCACAGCAGGAAAAUGGAAUUAAACUUCUUCCAUCUUACAACGAAGGCUGCGAGGACCCGUUUUGCAAGGCCAAGCAAAAGAAAAUCACCUUUGAAAUCCUCUCUGAAUUGUAUGAUUUCCUUUCUGUGGAGGCUGGCAGAUUUGAAUGCGGUAACCCUGGUGGACUCACCAGUAAGUGUGUCCCUAUCAGCACAGCAAGAGCACAUAUAACAAAUGUCAGUGGUCACUCAUCUGAGAAAUUUGAUGCUGCACUUGAAUGGAUGAUAAACAAUGAGAGGCAUCUUGGUAUAUGGGUGAAAGGUGAGGAUGCUACUGAGAUUGUUACUAGCAGAGAUUAUGCUGCUUGUGUUGAGUCAUCAAGGCCCCGUCUUGGAGUGUUUUGCCGAUUAAAGAAUGCGCUACGCACAGCCAUUUCCACCCUCUUCCUUGCUCUUCUUGGAGUCCUUGUUCUGUGGCUCAUUCUGGUAAUCGUGAGAUACCAUUGGCGGAAGCUGGAAGAAGAAGAGAAGCUAAUGUUUGAGAUGGUGGAGAAAAUCAUUGAUGCUGUAAAAUCUCACUAUAAAGAGUGGAGCCUGGGAAAUGAACUGAAUCCAUAUAUUGGAAUUGUUCAUGUUAGGGACACUUUGAUACCACCUCAGGACAGAAAGCGGAUGAGAAAAGUCUGGGAACAUGCUGUGCAGUUUGUAGAAGACAACGAGUCUAGGCUUCGCACAGAAUCACAGAGGGUAGCUGGAGCAGAUUUAAGGGUUUGGCGCUGGGCCCAGAUACAAAGAGAGCAUGCUGCAGGAGGACCUCCCUCUUAACAGAGUUAUGGACCUUCUGUAAAGCUGGAUAUGUCCUUUGCACAGUGCUUUACUGUACAACUAUGUAUUUGGGAAUGUGCCACAUGACUACACCUGGUCUUUGGUUUGUAAGAAAAUGGGUCUUUGAAGCAAUUCUGUUAUCUGUAUAUAGUACUCUUGUUUUGUUGGGUCUAACACGUAUAUAAAUCCAGUGAUGAUAAUUUGCACCAAACUGCAAGGAAUGUUAAGUUAUUGCUUAAGCUGCUCAACGAAUUCAGACAGCAAAAAACAUGACUUUAAUGUGCUAUUGAUUAACAUAUUCUUGGUGGAAGAUCUGCUGUCAAGGAACAUUAUAAAAAGUCUCUCAUAGUGCUCAUUUAUAAGUGCUUUGUUUCCACUUUUUUUUUUCUCUGUUUUUGAUUUCUUUUUUUUUACCUUGCUAAACUCUAAUACCAAGAUCUAAUACAGUGAUCUCUUAAAUCGCCAUUUCAAGAAUACAAAAAUCAACAUAUAUAAUAUGUUAUAUUCGAAAUCCUACUGUCCUGUGGUUUGCUUAAAAAGAAACAUGGCUGUUUUAAGCACGAUUAUUUUUGGGCAUAUUUGCUGGUAUGAAAAAGCAAUAAAUGGUUUUGGGUAAAAUCUUUUUUUAAAAAACAAAUAAUCAUUUGAGAAACAGUAACAACUUUAUGUAUACAAAAGAAACAUUUGUGCUGCAUUCCCCCCCCCCCCUAUUAAAAUGGGCUGAAAAAUAUUGCAACUUCAUUUGUUUGUGUAUAAGUGGUUGGUAUAAAUCUUUUAGAAAGUGUUUAUGGUAUUUGGACUGUUUCACAAAAAGCUUCUGUUCUAUAUGUAUGUAGUGUAUUGUUUUGAAUGUCUGAUGUUAAUGUAGCACCAUUUUAAAGCUUAUUUUACAUCAAUAUUGCCAUCUAGUGUGCUUGGACUGUGACCUCUAUUCUUUAUGCAAAGCCAGAAUGUUCCCAUUUACCUUUUUUCUGUCAGCAUGGAUAAUAAGUAAACUGUUCUGUGUGAAAUAAGAGACACUGACAACUGGUAAGUAUCUGAUGUAUCAAAACCCCAACAUUAAAAAUGCAUCUAUA